AUAUUAAAUAAAUUAAAAAUAAAAAAAUGUCAUUAGAAAAAUAACCUUAAUAAACAUUUGCAUAUGAUGUUCUUGGAACUAAUUAUCCAUACAUUAAUGUAAAGUAAGAUAGUUAAAGUUAAUUAUUGGCCGACUUCCGUAGAUCAAUAUCUUCCAUAAAUCCAUUUGCAUUGAGAUAAGUACCUUCUGAGGACAGACAUGCUUUCGGAUAUAGAUGGGGUAACUAAUUUUUCACACCAAAUCCAUAUCCAAAUAACAUACAUUUUGACAGAUUAUUCCCCACUCAUUAUGAUCCUUUAUCAGAAUCAGCAAAAUCAAACGACUCUUUAUAACUAAUGAAAUCUGCCCCAAAUACUUAUUCUAAAUUAGUAUUUUCAUCCGAUAAAUUCCCCAGACCAUGCAUUAGAACAAUUUAAUAUUAUCAAAGAUGUAAAAUGGUAAAUGAUAAAACUAAAUGUGAAUAAGAAAAAAAUGAUAUUUUGAGUAUUUGCCCUAAUUGGGCACUUGAUUCUAUGAAAGAAAAAAAAAGAUAAUAAUUAAAAAAACAUGCUAUUGAUAGAUAAGUCUAUGAAAAUGCGAUGAAAGUAGAAGAUUAUAAUUAAGGAAAAUCUGUUUCUUAGAUUUCUAAUAAAACAUGGAAAAAUGGUACUAGACAUUAUUUAAGACCUGAUACUAUGUGGCCCGAUGAUAGAUAUUCUGAAAUCACUCAAUAAGAGGUUAAUGAAGCUAAACAAAGAAUGGCUGAAAGAACAAGAAGAUAAGAAGGUAAAGCUGAAAAAAAAUAAGCUUCAGCAGGACCUUAACCCAAUAACGACAAUAUUGGAGAAUAACCUGUUAAAUUGCCUAAAUCUUUAUAUCCUUGAGAAGAGGCUUUUUUAUUUAUUUGUUUUUUUUUUUUUUUGCAUUAUUUUUUUUUUAAAAAAAAGUUAUUAUUA